AUGAAAGAAGAUAUAACUUUCCAGCCCGUACCAUUAUUUAAUCGAAAAAUAGAUAUCAAUGGUAAUUAUGUACCAUUUCAUGGGUACACAAUCAUGUCACAUGUUGAACAUCCAUUACCUGAACAACUAGUAAAAUUACAUGAAUAUCUCGUAAGAAGUAAAUUUUCAGAUUAUUUUUCAUUUUUACCUAAGUUUAGCUAUCAUGUAACAUUGAAUCCAUUAAUAAACGUCGAAAUGAAAAGAGAUGAAGCAAUAUUAAAAGAAGCUCAGAUGAAUAUAGACAAAUUAGAAACCGGAACAAAGUGUAUGGUGAAACAGUUAACAAGAAAAGAUAAACUUCAACUUGAAAUAGAAUUGAUCGAACCGUUUUUAAAUACUAUACUAAAACCGCUUCAGGCUCAAUGGACUAAGUUAGACACUAUAUUAAUGAAAUAUGAAGAAAAAUGGCAUUUGACAUUAGCAUAUCAAUAUCGAAACAUCACAGAUGAAGCACAAGUAAUAUUGGAUGAAAUAAUAAAAAAUUGGACACAGUUUCCGUUUGAAAUUUCGCUUGAUCCAAUCACAAUAUGUGAACAUCAAGAUAUGACAGACUAUGUUGCGAUUUUUGAUUAA